AUGGGUGAGCUGUUGCACCUGCUGCGCUCGGACGCGCGCCCGGAGAAGGACGCCGUGGAGGUGCACAUAGUCGGGAGCUUUCUUUUCAAGACACGAAAAACUUCGCCUACCGUUCAACCGCGACGCGUCCGCGACACCCGCGGGGCCGACGGCCGGCUCGCGCAGGGAAGCCGGGGGGAGAAGCCUCGGUGGAGAAGCCGGGGGGAGAAGCCGGGGGGAGAAGCCUCGGUGGAGAAGCCGGGGGGAGAAGCCUCGGUAACACCUAAAGCACCUGAAGCAUCUGAAGCACCUGAAGCACCUGCAGCACCUGAAGCGUCUGAAGCAUCUGAAGCAUCUGAAGUGUCUGAAGCAUCUGAAGUGUCUGAAGCAUCUGAAGUGUCUGAAGCACCUGAAGCAUCUGAAGUGUCUGAAGCACCUGAAGCGUCUGAAGUGUCUGAAGCACCUGAAGCAUCUGAAGCACCUGAAGCGUCUGAAGUGUCUGAAGCACCUGAAGCAUCUGAAGCACCUGAAGCGUCUGAAGCACCUGAAGCAUCUGAAGUGUCUGAAGCACCUGAAGCAUCUGAAGCACCUGAAGCAUCUGAAGUGUCUGAAGCACCUGAAGUGUCUGGAGCAUCUGGAGCACCUGAAGCACCUGAAGCAUCUGAAGCACCUGACGUGUCUGAAGCAUUUGAAGCACCUGAAGUGUCUGAAGCACCUGAAGCACAUGAAGCACCUGAAGCACCUGAAGCAUCUGAAGCAUCUGAAGCACCUGAAGCAUCUGAAGGAUCUGGAGCAUCUGAAGCAUCUGGAGCACCUGAAGCGUCUGGAGCAUCUGGAGCAUCUGAAGCAUCUGAAGGAUCUGAAGCAUCUGAAGCGUCUGGAGCAUCUGGAGCAUCUGAAGCAUCUGAAGCGUCUGGAGCAUCUGAAGUGUCUGAAGCAUCUGAAGCGUCUGAAGCAUCUGAAGCAUCUGAAGUGUCUGAAGCGUCUGAAGCACCUGAAGCAUCUGAAGCGUCUGAAGCGUCUGAAGCAUCUGAAGCGUCUGAAACAUCUGAAGCACCUGAAGGAUCUGAAGCGUCUGAAGCGUCUGAAGCGUCUGAAGCGUCUGAAGCGUCUGAAGCCUUUCCAUUCCCAACACCAAAGCGAAGUCAACCCACAAAAGAGACAGACAGCGCUCAGCGCUCGCCGUGCUUCUCUGGAAACUGA